AUGAUAGAACCGAAGCCAAGAGUUGGUUUGGUUCAAUUCUGGGGCUUUAAGAAUGGGGCUGUGCCUCGUGCUGAGGGGGGGGGGGGGCUUGCCCAGGGCCCCACGAUCGGGCCCUGCGGUGCCCCCAAAACGACUGAGAACUUCAAUGGCGUCUACAUUAGUAAGCUCUCAGACGAAGAUUACAUGAUGGUGCUUUCGGAGGGUCGUCGGUCAUUAGACAAACUAUUGAAAUUUUCUAUGGAUGGUACAUAUUUGUAUAGAUAUAUUGACUGGGCGGGACGGUCUGCUCAGCACACGGGAGAGUACCGCGCGCAGGCUCACGCUGCCUCUGCCCCAGCCACCAUAACGCUGCACUCCCUCCCCGCUGGAGCAUUCGGCAGUGUAUCGGGCACUGUAACGUUCAGUGUUAUAAAGGCCGAGCGUGGAGUUCUUGACUUGAUCUCGUGCAUCAGUGAGGGCCUUCUGCACAGAAAGCAAAGACACGUUCUGAUCUCCACUGAGCUGCUCCGUUCAGCUGUGACUGCCGUGUUAAGUUUGCACUGGGCAGCAGGAGUGACACCGAACACAAUCCAGGAAGUCGGAUUUAACGGCCUAUUUCGAUCAGAAAGUGAACUUCCCGCAAGAUGA